GCUCAUGCUAAAAAAGAAGACUACUGGGACUCUGUACUCUGGAGUGAUGAGACCAAGAUAAAUGUUUUUAGAACUGAUGUCUUCAAAACUGUAUGGCGUCACAAUGGGGAGGAGUACAAAGAAAAAUGCAUGGUGCCUACAGUGAAACAUGAUAGUGUCCUUCUGUGGGGCUGCAUGAGUGCUACUGGUGCAUUUCAUUGAUGGUAUCAUGAAUUCACAGAUGCACUUCUCUGCAUUGAAAGAGAAGUUUUCCAACAUGUCAAUAAUCCAAAACACAUCUAAGGCUACUAUUGCAUUUCUGA